UGAAUUAAUAGUCAAUUAAUUGAAUGAAAUGACAUUAAAUUUAUAGUUUAUUUAUAGUUGUGUUUGAUUUGAAAUACCAAUGCAUACAACACUUUCAUCCAUUGAUAUCAUCAACAGCUGAUCCUAAUUGAAGACAGUGUCCUCUAAUCAAAUUCAUGUCAAUUACUCGUCUUCUUCAUUGAGAGAGACGUCGACAACAAAGACAACAACAAAAACACGUCUUGAGGUUUCACUAAUCGUUGAAUCGAUUGAUUUGUUUGGUCUGUUUUGGUGAUUAUCACCGUUAAAGACAUCGAAACUGUUUCGCUUAAGGAAUUUCGGACACUCGAAGAGCGGACGUAAGAGUUGCCAAACGAACCAAAAGACUGGAUCUGAUAUGAAGCACGAGUUGAGUGCUUUCCAACUCAAAGACGAGGGAAACAAAUACUAUCUGAACCACAAAUAUGAAGAGGCCAUCAACAGCUAUACGCGAGCCAUAGUCCGCAACCCAUCUGUUCCGACAUUCUUUACGAACCGAGCUCUCUGUUACCUAAAGCUCUGUCAGUGGGAACAGUCCUUUCAAGACUGUCGCCGAGCUUUAGAAAUGGAGCCAAAUCUAAUCAAAGGACACUUUUUCUUAGGCCAAUCACUGUUAGAAAUGGAUCACUUCGAUGAUGCCAUCAAACACUUACAAAGAGCACACGAUUUGGCAAAAGAGCAGAAAUUGAAUUUUGGCGAUGAAAUCACUUACCAGUUAAGGAUUGCCAGAAAAAAGAAGUUUAAUGUUAUCGAAGAGAAAAGGAUUAAAGAGGAGAUCGAAUUACAGACAUAUUUGCAAACUUUAAUUCAAUUGGAUAAAGAAAAACAGUUAAACAAACUUAAAGAUGAAGUCGACAACAAUGCUAUUAGUGAGGAACAGACUGCACAAGAACUCAAACGAAUGAUAAUCUCGACAACUGAUCAGCGAUUAGAUGAAUUAAAUUCAAUGUUUGCAACACUUGAUGACAGGCGAAAGAAACGUGAAGUUCCUGAUUACUUGUGCGGCAAAAUUAGUUUCGAAAUAAUGCGCGACCCAGUGGUCACUCCCAGUGGCAUUACAUAUGAUAGGAAAGAUAUCGAAGAGCAUCUUCAACGAGUCGGCCACUUUGAUCCGGUCACCAGGACAUCAUUGACCUCCGAACAAUUGACUCCCAAUUUGGCAAUGAAAGAAGUAAUCGAUCAGUUCUUAUUAGAGAACGAAUGGGCCAAUGAUUACUGAUAUUUAACACAAAAAAAAUUAUCUUUAAAAUUGCUAUUUUAAACAAUUUGUUUGUAAUUUUUAAUUUCCGUUUGGACUUACGGUGCCUUUUAUUUUUGUUUUACACAAAUUGAUUUAAAAUGCAUUUAUUUCUUUUGACAACUUCUUUGAAUCAAAAUAUAUUGUAUUAUUGGCUUCUUCUGUAUAAUACUAUCGAUUACUCUUUACAUUUCCAAACAAACAAAAAAAU